GUAUGCUAUUAAAUUUAAGUUUAUGUAUUACUUGAUCAUCCAUUAAAAAUAGUUUUAAAGCUGACUUUUUAAAUAAUGGUAACUUGUAUGACCUGGAUAAAGUCAAAACCAUUUGUUGGAGUACCAAAAAGAAGUGAUUUCCGAAAAAUGAAAGAAGAUUUAUCAACAAAUCUGAAACCUAAAGAAAUUUUAAUUGAGGCACUGUAUUGGACCGCUGAUCAUUACUUAAAAAUAUUCGACGUCCCCAUCGGAACCGCUAUGAUUGGAGACCAAAUUGCAAGUGUUAUAAACAGUCGUCACGACGAUUAUCCCUUACAAACUUUAGUGGUAACUCAGUCAGGAUGGAGGACACAUUCAAUAUUAAAUCCUGACGAAAUACCUAUUCGGAAAAUAAUCAAGCCAGGGGGGUUACCAGUCUCUCUAUUUUUAGGCUCUUUGGGAUUGCCAGGGUUAUGUGCUUAUUUUGGCCUUUUUGAAAUCUGUCAAAUUAAAGCCGGAGAAACUUUACUAAUAAAUGCAGCAUCUAGUGCUGUUUCAAACGUCGCGGGGCAGAUUGCAAAAAUCAAAGUAAGCGUGAAACCCCCACACAGGAAUGUCACACAAUAUACUGCAGUGGAGAGACACAAACAAGGAGUAUUUUUAUCCGCAAAUGAUCAAGCAGAUUAA